AUGGUCUACCGCGGGAAACCCAGUGCAGCCUGUUCUUGGUGCCGGGCCCGCCGGCUCAAGUGCGACCAGAAACGGCCCUCGUGUUCCUCAUGUCUGCGAGCCAAGCGGAUCUGCACCGGAUACCGCGAUGUAGCCGCUCUUAGUUUCCAUGAUCAGACUGCCGAAGUGGUCGAGAAGGCCAAUCGUCGUCCGCAACCGCAAUCAGAAUACACCAGCGUAUCACCUUGGGUAGAUGCGUCGGAGAUCGCAUCGUCAUCCUCCGACGAAAAUGCCUAUAACCUUUUCGCCCUGCAGCCUAUGUCUACACCAAUAAUUGACCAAGGGAUUACUUAUGUCCUGACCUAUCAUGUCGGGUCGGCUCGUCGCUCGGUUUCUGGGCACCUGUCGUUUCUACCCUCCUUACUACAACAGGAGCCGAGUCCCGCUGUCAUGGCGUCCGUCAAUGCGAUGGGGCUGGCAGCACUAGGCAACAUUCACGGGAAUCCUCACCUUACCCGUGCGGCACGUCAACAGUAUACUAUCGCACUAUCAGAGACAAAUACUGCUCUGCAAGAUACCAUCACUGCCAAGUCUGAUGCCACACUCGCUGCGGUUCUCGUCUUGGGUUUGUACGAGAUCAUAACCUGCCAGAGCCAUUCGCUGAUGGUGCGCUGGGCAGAUCACAUCGAAGGUGCGAUGGCCCUCAUCAAGCUACGCGGGUCGGAGCAGCUACGAAGCCCGGUCGGACUCGCCCUAUUCACACAGUUACGCGGCCAAUACACUUUAAGUAAUUUGUACCGAAAGAAAUCCACUCCUGCAUGGCUGAUGGCCUUGUCGGAGGAGACAGUCGGCAUGCGGGGACCACAGCAGUGCCCCAUGGAAUCAUUCUUCAGGUAUCUGGCCAAGGUCAGCGAGCUGUGCGCACAAGUGGGUCGGAGAGCCAAGACUCCUCAUGAAACUAUACAAGAGGCACUGCAAUUGGAUGCUAUGCUGGCUGCGUGGGCCUUGACCGUCGGUCAAGGCUGGCAAUACUCAGUGCUUGACGCCGCAGCCACCAGUAAGAACAAGCCUUCUGAGCAGCAUAUUUACGGCGAUUACUACCACGAGUACCCUGAGAUCGGCAUUGCUGUCAUGUGGAACACGUACAGAUUGACGCGGAUCGUUAUCCACGAAGUGAUCGCUGCUGUCUGCGAGCGAUUAUGGAGGCGAUCGAGAGGCAACAACAAUGAACUCUGGGCGACCAUUCGUCAGAGCGCUGCAGUCACCCGUCAGCUAGCGGAGGAAGUAUGCGCCGGUGUCCCUUACUUCUUCGGGUCGACUCACUCUGACAAAUCGCUGAUUGAUGCAUCGGGGCUGAUCCGUUCACACUGGACGCUGUUUGUUGCAUCCGACUGUGUUGGAAGCACGCCCCGCAUGAAAGCCUGGAUUACGAGUCGCUUGAAUGAGAUUGGUAGACGCAUAGGAGUGCAACAGGCACUGUCUAUGACAAAUUACUUGCAUGGAGACGUGUCUCUCAACUGGCUGAAGCAAGAACUGCAGGCUAUCGAUAAUUUGCACGGGGAUAGCCAAGGCGACGUUCCAUCUGAACCCAGACUGCUCGUGAAUGUGAGAGGCAUGAAAAAGCACCAAUCAAAGAUGAACCAGUAA